AGUGCGCAAUGCGCAUUUGUGAUUGUUUAGCCUCUUAUUUGCAGCUUCCGAGGCAUGUCAGGGCAUGUCCAGUUCCGAUGUAGUGUCACUGCUUAGGCUUUCGAAAGCGUACAGAAGGACAUAGCUUCGCAAAGACGACUAAAAAAGAUGCCCUUUUAUUUGCCAAACGUCAGGAUCAAGAAGUUACAAUACUGCCAUGGAUUGUUCUGAAAACCAGUACUACUUGAAUGGAGUCUGUCACCCUUGUCUGAAAUGUGGACCGGGAAAAGAGUUAUCGGAGGACUGUGGUUAUGGAAGUGGAUGGUCAGCUUAUUGCAUCCCCUGUAGUGUCAAGACUUAUAAAGAGAGUCGCAAUUCCCACAACUGCAAAUUCUGCCAGUCAUGUAAACACAUCAACAGGCACCAGAAGUCACCUUGUACCUCUAAGAAAAAUGCGGUGUGUGGAGAGUGUUUACCAGGUUUUUACAGUAAGACACGGAUGGAUGGCUUGCAGGACUUGGAGUGCAUUCCGUGUGGUUUCUUCUCUACUUCUGAGCAUGAGUGCAGCCGAAGCAGAGCAAUUGAUGUGGAAAAUGUCUCGAGCCCAGAAGCUCCAGCUCAAAAUGUUGCUGUCACCACCAUUUCUGUAGCCCUGGUUACCAUGGCAAUCAUCCUCUUCACUGCCUUGUUUAUAUACUUCAGACAUUCCUUACUAAAGAAAGUAUUUAAAGGUUGUCUGGCUCUUCAAACCAAAAGUCAGAGUGACAUGGAGUGUGCCGCAUCCCCACUGAAAGGGGUCACACUGAACCUGGAGAAGCAAGGCCAGGACUCAGGUACAUGUGAUAACUCCUCCACUGCAGACAAGUUGGCCAGACUCAAGUCAAAUGUUGAGGUGGCUGUCCCUCCAGGGUCCAUUCUACACUACCCUGACUUUAAAACUCAGGGCCACAGUUACCUGCCAGAGACCCAGCCACUGGUCUGUAACUCAGCCUGUAGUAACUGCUCCUCUGGGUUUGUCUCUUGGAUAUCCACUGAGCUGCCCUCAAUGAGUAGUAACAUGCCAUUCAUCGUGGAGACCCUGGUGGGUCCAGUAGACAGUGUCUCCAGCAGUGCGGGUUACUGUGCUUCUGAGGUGCUGGAGAGUCUGCAUGUCCCGGUAGAGUGCACAGAGCUGGACCUCCAGAUCACUGCGUCCUCAGCACAGGACUUCCACAAUAUCACAGACACCAGACUGUUUGUAAUAUCCAAGACCCCAGACUUUUUGUUAUAUCCAAGACAAGUAUCAACCUCUCUGGAGAUGGGUCAGUAAAAAGACAACUGAGGAGUCCACCUGCGUGCUUGGAGGAGUCAACUGACAGCUGUGGCUGCAGCCAUAAACAACCCUGCAAUAGCAGUCUGGUAGGGAGUAAUGGGGUAAUUACCGAUAGGAAAGACAGGACUGUGUCACCUGUUCAUCUCACACAGAAGACCAUUUGGACCAUUUGUAGCAGUACAUAAUUGGAAUAAACAUUUAGUAGAUGUAGCUGCAAUCAAAUGUUAAAAGCAAAUGUUAAAAACAACAGACGCAAACACACACACACAGAGUGAGAUGGCUUUUUUCAUGUCUGAGUAUAUAGUCAAAAUUUUCUGUCAUUUUACACAAUCUGUUUACACCAUUCAUUAAGUACAGGAUGUUUCCUUUGAUCCAUAAUAUUUGUAUAUGGAAGAAACAGUUAACCUAUAGAAGAAGUGUACCCUACAGAAUCAUGCAGGGUGGAUUAUUCUUCAGUUGACUAGAUAUCUUAAACUUAUUUUUAAUGCUGGAGAAAAUCCAAUGGAAACAAAAAGGAAGGAUUGUGAUUCUCCGACCACUGGACAAACCUAGGCAACACUUAUAAAAGGAGUAGUUUUAAGUAUGAUUUAAUUUCUUCAUAUUUUCUUGGCUAAGAGGUAAACUCCAGUGUACGAUGCCUAUCUGUUCUAUAGGCCACAUGGAGAAAUGGACAAUCAUAUUGCCAAGAGAUUUAGCCACCUGACACUACUGGCUAUUCAAGAAGGGGACCAGAGGUUUAUCAUUAUUUUAAGGGCUAGUGCUGAGGUAGUUAAGAGAGCAUGAGAGUAGUAGAAUUGACCUGGUAUGUGGUGCACAAAUAAUUCAGUUAUUUACACAGUCACUAUUAGUGAAACAUUGAAACAGUAGUAGAAGAAUAGUUCACUUCUCAUGAUAGGUCGUCAUACAUUUUUAUUCAAUUACCCAUUUACUCAGUUCCCAUUGGUCGGUAUAUCUUCUGUCCAGGUGUCUAUCUAGGCAGGCUGCCACAGCCCUUGUUGGAUGCUCUAGCUCUAAGGCUGGACUGAACUUUCCCAUGAGUACAGAACUACCAGCAGGUGGUGCUGAAAAGGGGCAUACCUAAUGAGUUGCUGAAAGGUCUGUGUGGGUUUCAUCAGGUCUUUUGAUACCCUUUCCUCAUGCACUCUACUGACAGUACCUGACCUGUUUCACACCUCCUACCCCGUGAAGAGGCUUGACACCUUGCUCUUGCUGUGUGAAUAUGCAAUGCAGAGCCAAACUGAGCACCAGGUCACAGGAUGCACAUGCUAACCGUUAAGGCUAACAAUAUGUCUGCCAACACAGCCCAGAGGGCUGACUUUAACAGGCUGUAAUGAGUAUGUAUACUACUGAACUUGGCUUGAAACAUGUAACUACUCAAAUUCUCAGGUGUAAAUGUGUAAAUAUUUUGUUUUUUUACAAAACAAAUUGUAUGUGAAUGUUAAUAGGACUGCAUUUCAUUUCAAAUGAUUAAAUGUGGUGCAUGUUUCAAAAGUUUGUCAGAAGAUACGUCUAACCUUUUCUGUAUUUACAAACUUUGCCUCAAGAUGGCAAUGAUUUGCAGACAUCUCAUUCUUGCAGAAACAUCACCAAUAGCUACACUGGAUAUAAAGAGUCCACACAUCCCACACAUGCCAGGUUUUAGUGAUGUAAAGGAAUGCCUUUCAGCAUGACAAAACUUUUUCCACUUUUAAUGUGACCU